AAAUUUAAUAAUAUUUUUAGACCCUCCAGAAUCGAAAACCCCGGAGUCCGAGAUUAUUUAUUCCAGCGUUGACUCCACUGUGAAUAUCACAUGCGAAGCUGAUGGUAACCCUAUUCCAUCGUUUGAAUGGAUGAGAGAUGAGGACGUGAUCGAAGAGAGUUCUACCUACAAAAUAUUUCGUACAGAUUCCAACACGAGCAUCUUGCAGGUCAAUGUCUACAAUGACAGUGUAUUUGGUGAUUAUUUGUGCCAAUCAGAGAACAAGUUAGGCUCCAUCGAACGAAAAUUCAUAUUACGUGAAGGUGAACAACCGCGCAUCCCUACUGUUGAAAUCCUAAGCAAUGAACCAGGUACUGUUCUCCUCAAAUUGGAAGCGUUACCCGAAGGGAUGUUAGAUGUGCUUGGCUUCAAGAUUGAGUACCGACUUCCAAUACAGCCAUGGUCUAAGAAAGUGGAAGUAGAAUUUGACGUGGGUUCGCAAUAUGUCUUGAGAAACCUAGACUACAACACUAAAUACGUACUACGAGCUGCUGCUCGCAACGCUGCUGGGUAUGGAAAUUAUUCAGAGGAUAUUGAAUUCACCACCAAGAGCCUGAAUCCAGGAACAGUGCAUAGCUACGCCAUCUGUAGUCAGCCAACACAACUACUUGCUCUGCUGUCCAUCGUACUGUCCCUCUCUUUGCUCAGUUUUUAGAGACAGCAGUGAUGCUGCACCAUAGCUUGGCUUGUUUGUCCUCAAUGGUAUGUUCUGGAAAUUAAGACAAAGGAAGAUUUUAUUGAGAGCUUUUGGGAACAAUAGAAAAUAAAUGAUUAUUUUUUGUUUAAAAUAAUAUGUUACAUUUUCAAAUAUAUUAUUAUUUAUAGCCGUGGCAUCACCCCAGAUUGAAAAUGUUGUAUAGCAAACGUUUUUGGACAUAAUUCAAUGUAUGUGUUAUUGAGAAUAAGCUAGUUCGCUGACAUAUUUGUAAACUUUUUCUUCGAAUAAUGCUGUAACGAUAAGAAUUCUAACUGCAUUUUCAAUUUAUAAUUGUUGUGACAAAUAUGUAUUGUGCAUUAUGGUUAAAACUUUAAACGUGUCAUGGUUUGAAGUGUCAACAUUUUUUUAUCUUUGUUAUUGUAAAUUUUUGAAAAUGUGAUUUUUCUUAUGUUCCAAGUCACAACGGGAGGUGAUAAGUAACAUCACGGUGUAUUUUGUUAGUGUUUGUAAAUGUUUUAUUCUGUUUGUAAGUAGCAAAAGUGUAAUAUUUUAAAGUACAAAAUGAUUUCACAAUUCCAAAUUUUUGGGUUAAAAUUUUGGUAUGUAUAACGUUUACGUGUUACAAACAAUAAAAUUUGAGCCGAGUAGCAAAUGCUGUCAAAAUUGAAAAACUCGGCAAAUAAUAUUUAAACAUGUAUAUGUUGAUGUAUACAAUCUGUCUCAAAAUGUUCAUGCAAAAGCAACAAAAUGCAGUUUAGCGUCUCUGGUUUAAAACUACACUGAUAGAAAAAAAAGGACCGUGAACAUGUGAGAGCACAUUAAUAAAUUUAAAAUGACGAUUGAGUUUUAUCUUGACCUUCGCUUAAUACGCUUGAGAAAUUCAUAACAGAAUGUAAGUGUUAUGUAAUAUACUUCUUUAAUAACCUACAAAUUAACUGUGUUUUAUGAUCACUUUGUAGCUCAUUUGAUGUGGUUUGCUUCUUCUCUAAGUUGGCCUGUAUAUGCUUUAUCCUAUUAUCUUCAUUUGAUCUAUUUUGCCAUAAAUUAUGAUAUAUAUAUAUAUAUAUACACACUAUUAACAUUCUGAUAAUUUUAGGUAUAAUGUUUUGCAUAUUAUAUAUGUUUAGGAAUGUUAUUGUUAUGUGCGGACAUUUGUAAUAGAAAAUGUCAACGGAACAAGAUAUACUUAAACACUUCCUUUUAUUUUUAGCUUGAUCAGAAUGGUGAUGUAUGGCUGUUGGCUUACUUGUUUAACUAAUGUAUUUUGAUAGCUAUGUGUGUGUAUUUAAAUUAUAUAUAAGAUGUUAAUUUUUCAGUCAGAAACCUCUAAUCUACAUACGUCAUUUUUAUAGAGGUAAAUGAAGAACUCAUGUGAUAUACAUAUAAGUAUCGUACAGAUUAUAUACUUCAAUUAACGUUGCAAUGAAAUAUCUUUAAUACUCAUCAUGCAUAAACAUUUUAUGAUCAGUUAUAUGAAUUUUAACUUGCAAUUUGAGACUCUUUAACAUUAUGUUGAAAUUUACACUUCUGUAUAUUUUCCAGUAAGUAGAGAAAAAGGUUGUAAGGUAGAAAUUAGGUAAAUAUGUAAUGGUUUCCAAACUAACUUUACAUAUAAAAAGUAUCAUAAACAUAUAUUUCAUUGAUUGAACUCAAGCAACUGUCUUAUGAAGCAUUAGUUAUUUUGGAAAAAAAAUGUAGUAAUAAGUAAGUGGUAAAAAACUAUUGAAAUGAUUAAAUAAUCCACUUCCUAUUUUAGGAGAGAAUUUUAUUUUUAUUUUUAGUAGGUAAGUUUAUUUUCAGAGGUCGCUGAUGUCUUGCAUACAUUUCUUGUAAAGCCUUUUUUUUUUACUAAGCCUAAAUUAUGUUUUCUAGAAUUUUGAUUAUUAUUGGUGUAAAACUGUAAUAUAUUAAAAUUAAGAUAUUGAAA